AUGACAGCGUUAUUCGUCGACUCUUCCAGAUCGUUCAAUGAACUUCUCGUUGACAACAACAACAACAACAACAAACCUAUUUUAACACAAUCCAACAGUGCCGAGGCCCAAAACCCUCACAAUGAUUUAGCCAUCAUCAACAAAUCAAUCAAAGCAGUUGGCCAUGCCAUGUACCAAACCCUUCAAUCCCCAGAAUUCCAGGAUUUUUAUAACGACAACAACUCGUUCUUUGUUUGCGACUUAGGUGAAGUCUAUAGACUUUACCAGUACUGGAAACAUAAACUCCCAAGAAUCCAUCCUUUCUACGCCAUCAAGUGUAACACCGAUCCAGAAAUCAUCAAGAUUUUAGGGAAAAUGGGCGCCAAUUUCGAUUGCGCCUCCAAAAGAGAAAUGGAAAUCAUUUUGCAAUCAGGGAUCGAUCCUUCAAGAAUCGUGUUUUCAAACCCUUGUAAAUUCAAUUCCCAUUUGAAAUUUGCCAAAGAAGUCAAUGUCAACUUGACAGUGUUUGACAACGAGGACGAAUUGGUGAAAAUCGCCAAAAUUCAUCCUCAUUGCAAAGCGUUGCUCAGAAUCGAAACCGAUGAUAAAGCAGCAGUGGUUAGACUCUCCACAAAAUACGGAGCAAAACUUUCUGCGGUUGAUUCUUUAUUAGCCAAGGCAAAAGACCUUGGAGUUGAGUUAGUCGGAGUUCAUUUCCAUUGCGGGGCUGGGUCCGAUGAGUUUGAUUCCAUCAUCAAGGCCAUCAAAGAUGCAAGAAAUAUCUUUGAUCAAGCCACGUCCAUGGGAUUCAACAUGAAUGUGUUGGAUCUUGGAGGAGGAUAUAUGAUCAGCAACAAUUUCGACAAUGUCUGUACUGUGUUGAACACCACUUUGGACCAAUAUUUCCCAACCGACAGUGGAGUUAGAAUCAUUAGUGAACCAGGAAGAUUUUUCCCAACCAGUGCCUUCACUUUGGCGUCCAAUAUUAUUGGGAAAAGAGACUCGUACCAUGAUGACGACAACAUUCCAAUGGUUUAUAUCAAUGACGGGAUUUACGCCAACAUGAACUGUAUCAUCAACGAUCAUUAUACUCCUAUUCCUAAAGUGUUAUCCCAAGAUAACCAUUUCAGGUUCUAUGACGAAAUCCAAAACGACCUUAACGGGAAACAUGGGGAGUAUGAGAUAUCAUGCUGGGGCCAAACUUGUGAUAGUGCUGAUGUGAUCAACAAAACCGUUUCCAUCAACUAUCCUGUCAAUGUUGGCGACUGGUUUUUCUUCAGAAACAUGGGGGCUUACACUUUGGCAGCCACCACUGAUUUCAAUGGGUUCAACCAACGGUCAAAAAUCGUUUAUAUUUCAUCAGAAGAGCACGUUAGAUACGACAAAAUUAGCGAGGAUUGGAUUAUCUAG